AAUCAAUCAGUCUUGGUCGCGCUUCUCAUCUAGAUACUUUUGAAUAUUUGUUCACUAAAACACGAAGAUGAAUUUUAAACUGCAACUUGAGCUGUGUUUGAUUCUGUUGUUACAUCUGUCCACAAACUUAGUAUUUGGAUUACAAUGCUACUCGACCAAAUUUCAACCCAAAGAAGACACCAAUGAUGGCGUUGUAGUGAAUUGUCCACCAACAGCCGAGCAUCCCGUGCGACAUUGUAUCAAAUUUAAAGACGACACCUAUUCGACAUAUCGAUGGAACGAGAUCUGGCGAGACUGUGACCACACCUACGAGGAGAUCAUGGGCUACGACGUGUUUAACUCCUCCAUUUUGGGUUGCCGCACUUACACCAAACGAUUGGUGGGCAUGAACACCAACGGUUGGUUUUGCGUUUGUGACACGGAUUUUUGUAACGGCGGCAUCACAUUUUAAUAUAAACUUGUAAACGUGCAA